AUGGAUUCGACCACAGCUUCUGGGCGCAAAGUGCGAGCAAGUCGCAGAUUAUUAAGUUACAAAGGACCCUCCUCUUCGAGCGACGGUCCUAUCAAAUCACCACAACCUUCUCCCUCCCGGGUUGCGAAGCGCAAAAGAGAAGAUAGCCUUCCGAAGUUCAAGGCCGAGAACCCCCAGACACAAGAUCCCUCGAAUUCAGGGGAUGCCCCUUUCGCGCCCUAUCAUCCACACACAGGUUCACAUCUGAGGAAAGACCCCAGUCGAGAAUCAGAGGAUAGAAUUGGCUCCGACAUUCCGAUAGUCGCUCACCGUGACGGACAGAAGCACAAAUUUCGAGAGCUUUCGGACCGCAGCUCAUGCUCAUCGGCCUCGGACGUGCCCAUAUUCCCAUACCUGCGGCAAAAAAGGCUUAAUGCUGUGGGAGCUAUAGCUCAGCCUUCAUCGCCGCCACCCAAGGCUCUACGUGUUCCCGGUCUUAAGGAUCGACCGUUGACAUUUUCGAACACUGAAGCUUUCCACGAAAACGAGGAUCCCAAGCUCGAUACAUUUGUUUCUUCGCAGCUCAAAGUUCCUGAAGACCCCGUCGAAAGCUCUGCGCCAGUCUACGUUGGCUCGUUUGAUCUGCAGUUUCGGAGUCAACAGUUCUCGAAACCCGGUUUAGGAAAUUUUUGUUCUCGAGUCACAUUACCUACCUUGCCGUCCGUUAUAGCGUCCCCCCUUGCCCGAGUCACCACCCCGAAACGGUUCGGCUCGCUGUCUGUUAAUAGCACCCAGAACGGAGACAUGGCUCCAACCUAUUCGAACAGAAACCGAGACAGGCGUCAAAAUCGUACAGGCUACGUCGAUCAUGAUAUUUUUGAGGGUCUCCCUGUUCGACACUGGCGCCGCGACGAUGUUAUUGUAGCACCGCCACCGACUCAAGAGAACACCACAUCUCAAAAUGAUAUAUGGGCUGUAGAACUUCCGCAUGGAAUGCCCAAAGACUCACAUCUACUACCCCAACACAGCCAGGAUCUUUUGCGUGCCGCUCGGUCAGGGAGGAUAUACAAACGCCCAGCGCCGCCGGAGGAAGAGGAGGCUGAUGUUGAAGCUGUUCUUGGGGACAAACCAGAGAAGAAAGAUGACGAUACGAAAGACAGGGGCUUUACUGCGAAGGCGUGGAAACAAGUACCCCGGCAUAUGGAAGGACCAGAUGUUGAAUACUUAGCCAAACGGAGGAAGGGUCUGAUCACCAUGACAGCAAAGACUACUGCACCGGCAGCGACUUUGACGAAAAAUACAGUAAAAAGGAUCGAUGCGGCUGGAAAUGAGUAUGUGCAGGAUGUGAUUGCCUCGCAUGGCCAAAAAGUGGAAGGAAAGGUGAUUUCGCAGACCGUCUUCCCAGGUCCAAGCGCCGCACCCGUGGAUCCGUUUGCUGUUCAACAAAUUACGCCUUCUAGAUCCAAAAAGUCAUCCAAAAAGAAAGCUAAAGGAGCAGCUGGAAGAGGCAGAAAGAAGAAGGCCGCUGCCCCUACUAGCGUGCCUACAUCUCUACCUAUGGAGGGGGCGGCUCCAGUCAUUGAAGGGGCUGACGGUACUGUGGGUGCCGAUGGAGGAAAGAUUGAGAAUGACGCUGAGGCUACACCGACGAAUAAUGAAGACACAGAAAUGGGCGAUGGAUCGAUGGCGGCAUCAGAUGACGAUGAAGAUGGCGAGGACGGAGACGAUGGUGAAGACGACGAAGGCUCUGUUGAUAAUCAGAGCUCACCUUCCAAGCCCCCGCAGCCGACAUCACCUGUUCCCUUGGCGGCUACAGGCAUCAAAACGGUUCCAAGCCUUGGAUUUGGUGAAACAUCUAUGAGCGGGCUUGAAUUUCCUCGCCCUCAUCCAAUGAUUCAAACCGAGCGGGUGAAAUCAGAAGGUCAGUCUGGAAGUCCAUUGAAAAAUGUUGCUUUAACUACUUCUGCUCUUACAUCGCCCCUUGAAUCACCGACAGUGGCCCACCCGUUCUCUGAUAUCUCUGCUCCUGCACCACAACAGGACCCUGUCGCAAUUGCAGUGGAGAAAGAAAACCUUGACGAAGAGAUGCUUCUUGAGACAGCGGAAUCAGCUCCAACGGAGAUUCCUCAGCCACCUCCAGAACCCACUGCAACCGAAGCCACUGCUUCUGCAGAAUUGUUGCGUGAAGAAGAGGAAGAAGAGGAGAUGCUACUAGAUAUGGAGGAAAAUGCGAGCAAUGCACAAAUUGCAGGGCCAGAGUCGCCAAUCGCAGCUCCCGAAAUCCCCACAGAACAAAUUCCCAUGCCACGGACAGAAAGUCCUGCCGAACCGAUCCCAACUGAGAUGGGGGAAGCACCAAAGGAAACCGAACCCGAGGACCCAGUAUCGCUAGAAAAUACCGAGCCAGAGCCGACUCCGGUACUUGAGAAUGCAGAGGCCGAAGAUAACUACCUGGAUUUGUUAGAAGGUUUGGAGAAGUCGUUGGACAAGCCACCGCCAACCGCGUCUAAGCUAAGGGAAAUCGACGAGAAUGUAGAGACGGCCGAGCCGAUAAAUACCGAGACUUCUGAGAGUGUGAGUGCAGCUGAGGCUGAGAAGAUGGAUGAUGAGACUCAAGAGCCUUGA